GCCGGGGGCGGGCCUGGGGCGGGCCUCGUGGCGCGGCCGGCCGGGCGGGGUUAAAGGGCCGGGUCUCCAGACGGCGCGGUCAGAGCCGAGGUUGCGGCGCGGGCGGAUCCGGAUCGAGGGCCCAAGGCUGAGACCCGCUGGGAUGCUGCCCGUCGCGGAGCCGCUGCUGCGUCUGCUGGGCCUGGAGAGGACCGCCUUCCGCCUGGGCGCCGCGUCAGCGCUGCUGCUCUCGCUGCUCUUCGUCUUCUUCCGCCUGCUGCUGCGCUUCCUGAGGCUCUGCUGGCGCUUCCGCGUCACCUGCCGACGGCUGCGCUGCUUCCCGCAGCCGCCCCGGCGCAGCUGGCUGCUGGGCCACCUGGGCAUGUAUCUCCCGAAUGAGAUGGGCCUCCAAGAUGAGAAGAAGGUGCUGGACAACAUGCACCAUGUACUCCUGGUGUGGAUUGGACCCAUCCUGCCACUGUUGGUUCUGGUGCACCCUGACUACAUUAAGCCCGUGGUGGGCGCCUCAGCUGCCAUUGCCCCCAAGGAUGACCUUUUCUAUGGCUUCCUGAAACCUUGGCUGGGAGAUGGGCUGCUGCUCAGCAAAGGGGACAAGUGGAGCCGGCACCGCCGCCUGCUGACCCCCGCCUUCCACUUUGACAUCCUGAAGCCCUACAUGAAGAUCUUCAACCAGUGUACCAACACCAUGCACGCUAAGUGGCGGUGCCUGGCGGAGGGCUCCGUGGUCUCCCUGGACAUGUUUGAGCACAUCAGUCUCAUGACUCUGGACAGUCUGCAGAAAUGUGUCUUCAGCUACAACAGCAACUGCCAGGAGAAGAUGAGCGACUACAUCACAGCCAUCAUCGCGCUGAGCGCGCUGGUGGUCCGGCGGCAGUACACCCUGCACCACCACCUCGACUUCAUCUAUUACCUCACGGCCGAUGGGCGGCGCUUCCGGCAGGCCUGUGACACUGUGCACCGCUUCACCACAGAGGUCAUCCAGGAGCGGCGGCGGGGGCUACGCCAGCAGGGGGCUGAGGCCUGGCUGAAGGCCAGGCAGGGCAAGACCUUGGACUUCAUCGAUGUGCUGCUGCUGGCCAGGGAUGAAGAGGGGAAGGAACUGUCAGAUGAGGACAUCCGAGCUGAGGCGGACACCUUCAUGUUUGAGGGUCAUGACACCACAUCCAGUGGGCUCUCGUGGUUGCUGUUCAACUUGGCCAAGUAUCCAGAGUACCAGGAGAAGUGCCGGGAAGAGAUCCAGGAAGUCAUGAAAGGCCGGGAGCUGGAGGAGCUGGAGUGGGACGACCUGACCCAGCUGCCCUUCACCACAAUGUGCAUCAAGGAGAGCCUGCGCCAGUUCCCGCCCGUGACGCUGGUCUCCCGCCGCUGCACGGAGGACAUCAAGCUCCCCGAUGGGCGCAUCAUCCCCAAAGGAAUCAUCUGUCUGGUCAGCAUCUACGGGACCCACCACAACCCCACAGUGUGGCCUGACUCCAAGGUGUACAAUCCCUACCGCUUUGACCCGGACAACCCGCAGCAGCGCUCCCCGCUGGCAUUCGUGCCCUUCUCCGCAGGACCCAGGAACUGCAUCGGACAGAGCUUCGCCAUGGCCGAGAUGCGCGUGGUCUUGGCGCUGACGCUGCUGCGCUUCCGCCUGAGCGUGGACCGCACGCACAAGGUGCGGCGGAAGCCGGAGCUCAUCCUGCGCUCGGAGAGCGGCAUCUGGCUGAACGUGGAGCCGCUGCCUCGGCGGGCCUGAGCGCGGCGCCCGCGGAUCCCGGGCCCGGGCCGCGCCCCGGGAGGCCGCACCCCAGCUCCUGGGGUGUAGGCCCCGCCCCGCGAAGGCCCGGGCCGCCGCGGAGGACCGGGGUCCAAGGAGCCGCCUGACGCUGCCGGCCACGCCCCCAGGCCGAGGCUCCGCCCCCGAGCGUCCGGUCACGCCCCUUGAGGUCCAGGUCCCGCCCCUUGAGCGUCCGUUCCUGCCCUCCAGCUGUAGGGACCGAGCUCGGCCACGCCCCCUCAGGCCCGGGCCCCUUCCCCGGGAUCCCGCAGAUUCGGGUCUCCAGGCCCCGCCCACCGAGCCUUCCAUGGGCCGAAGACCCGCCGCCCAAGGCCUCCCGGAUUCAAGCCGGAGCCUCGCGGACCCCGGCUGGCUUCUAUAUGGAGGACUUGGGGGCUGGAGCCGAGGUCAGAGCUUUGAACCCGGACAUCACCUUCCUGAGGCCCCCGGCUCGCAUGGACUAACUCUGCAGGCAUCAGCCGGCAUCCAGGGCCCCGGCUGUUUGCUUUUGCUGUUUUGUGAACCCAGACCCUCCCUCGCAAGCCCCUUCCUUCUUCCCUCGCUCAAAGGCCUUUUUGCUGAGUGCUCUGAGUUUUGCAGAAUAAAAGCAGGAGAUACAGACA